AAUGGACGGUUCCGACUUUAUCGAUGUGGUCGACCAUACGGAGAGUAGCGAAUUCUUUGAUGAGGUGAUUGGGCAUAUCCAAGACAUUAUUCUAAGCGAAGAGUUUCAGAACCUCCACGAGGAAUUUUUCGAACAGCACUGGCAAAUUUUUGAUUACGGGGAGGAGAACAAAAUAGAAUACACUGUGAUUUUUGAGUCCUAUCAAUUGAUAUUUGAGAAUUUUCUCACCAAAAAGCUGAUGGAUUGCAUGCAACAUUUUUCUAUGGAACGCUUCGAUAUGGAGCUGAGACAACGACGUGGCAAUAAAGUCGGCGAAAGCGAAAUUAUUGACCUAAUUGACACAAUUACCGACUUUCAAAAGUUUAAAGAGGAAAUUCUAGACUAUCGGUCGAAGAAAGAGGGUCGUGUCGCAUUCAUCGAAUCCUCUAAUAUACUUAUAACUAGACCAUAUGGCUCAAGCAGUGCUGGUUAA